CGGAAACGGAAAUGCGUCACAGGGGGCGGACGGUGGCAGUGGCAGCGGCUGAGGGCGGCGGCGGGGGCGCCUCCGGGGGUCGGCGGCGGCGCCGGGCGGGGAGGCGGCUCCUGCCCGGGGAUCGGCGGGACACGGCGGGAACGAGGGCCAGCGGCAGCGGCGGCCUGGGACGCAGGCGGAGCCCCGCGCCGGCCCAAGGUCCCGGCUAUGGCAGCGGCUACCAUUGUGCACGACACGUCUGAGGCCGUGGAGCUCUGCCCCUCGUAUGGCUUGUACCUCAAACCCAUCACCAAGAUGACCAUUAGCGUGGCCCUGCCGCAGCUGAAGCAGCCGGGCAAGUCCAUCUCCAACUGGGAGGUGAUGGAGCGUCUGAAGAGCAUGGUGCACAACCACCAGUUCUCCACCCUGCGCAUCUCCAAGAGCACCAUGGACUUCAUCCGCUUCGAGGGCGAGGUGGAGAACAAGAGCCUGGUCAAGUCAUUCCUGGCCUGCCUGGACGGCAAGACCAUUAAGCUCAGCGGCUUCUCUGACAUCCUGAAGGUGCGGGCUGCUGAGUUCAAGAUCGAUUUCCCAACGCGGCACGACUGGGACUCCUUCUUCCGUGAUGCCAAGGACAUGAACGAGACCCUGCCAGGGGAGAGGCCGGACACUAUCCACCUGGAGGGGCUGCCCUGCAAGUGGUUUGCCCUUAAGGAGUCAGGCUCGGAGAAGCCCAGCGAGGAGGUCCUCGUGAAAGUGUUUGAGAAGUUUGGGGAGAUCCGGAAUGUGGACAUCCCCAUGUUGGACCCCUACCGGGAGGAGAUGACUGGCCGGAACUUCCACACGUUCAGUUUUGGGGGCCACUUGAACUUCGAGGCCUAUGUCCAGUACUGCGAGUAUGUGGGCUUCAUUCAAGCCAUGAGCGCCCUGCGUGGCAUGAAGCUCAUGUACAAGGGUGAGGAUGGCAAGGCUGUGGCCUGCAACAUCAAGGUUUCUUUUGAUUCAACCAAACACCUGAGUGAUGCUUCCAUUAAAAAGCGGCAGCUGGAGAGGCAGAAGCUUCAGGAGCUGGAGCAGCAGAGGGAGGAGCAGAAACGCAGAGAGAAGGAGGCCGAGGAGAGGCAGCGGGCAGAGGAGAGGAAACAGAAGGAGCUGGAGGAGCAGGAACGGGAGCGGAAGCGGGAGGAGAAGCUGCGGAAGAGGGAGCAGAAGCAGCGGGACCGGGAGCUGCGCCGCAGCCAGCGGAGACUGGAGAAGCUGCAGGCUGAGGAGCUGCUGCAGCAGAAGAUCCGGCUGGAGGAGCGGAAGCUGCUGCUGGCCCAGCGCAACCUGCAGUCCAUCCGGCUGGUGGCCGCGCUGCUCAGCAGGGCCAAGGCGGCGAGGCUGCAGGAACAGGAGCGGAAGGAGGAGCGACGGCGGCUGCAGGAGGCUGAGCUCCGGCGCGUGGAGGAGGAGAAAGAGCGUGCGCUGGGCCUGCAGCGCCGGGAGCGGGAGCUGCGGGAGCGCCUGCUGACCCUGCUGCUGACCAAGCGUCCGGAUGACGGGGCCAUGCACGCGGAGCUGGGUGGCGCGCAUGUGGAGCUGCUGCAGCCUGUGCUGGACAUCUUGCAGACCGUGUCCACGGGCGGCGCCAGUGCACUGCACCCCCUCAUGGGUGGGGCCCCAGCGGGCGCCCCCAGGGAAACCCCGGCUCACCCAGAGGCCGGCUGCCCGCCCCAGAGCGUGAACGGCGGUGUGGCCGAGGAUGCCCCAUGCAAGGAGGGUCCGGGUGUGCGUUGCGGGACCCUGGCAGACAGCUCCCCGAAGAGGUGCCCCAGCGUUCUUGCCUGCAUCCCUGACAACAACCAGCAGCCCAAGGGCGCUCCCGCCUGUGAGCAGGGUCCGCCCAGGAAGGAUGGGCGCUCCGAGCAGGACAAGUGCAACCGGGAGCCCAGCGCCGGCCGCAGCCGGGCAGGUGGGGACAGCGACGAGCGACAGCAACGGGAGCGCAGUGGGACCCAGCGAGCCGGCAGCAGGGACGACACGCGGCCGCAGAAGGAGCGGAGGCCGCACAAGAAGCACGAGAGGGAGGGCAGUGCGCAGCGGCGGAGCGCCAGCCCGGACCACGCGCGGUCCCGCAGGUCGCGCAGCAGAGACAGGCGCCGCCGGGGCCGCAGCCGGGGCCGCAGGGCCAGUCCGGGCCGGAAGCACAGCCGUCACCGCCGCAGGGCCGAGCGCUCUCGCUCCCGGUCCCCGAGCCGGCACCGCAGCACCUGGAACAGGUAAUGAAGAGCGCGGCCCCGUGGCCCGCCCGAGGCCCGGACCGCCAGCGUCCUGGCCCCUGUCCCCACAUCCUGGCUUCUGCCCCCUCCGUCCGCCCGCAAGGCUGAUUCGCCCACCCACAAGUGUCGCAGGAGCCCCUUGGGAAACCACCGCGCCCGAGCCACCUGCCUGAAUUUCCCGUGGACUCCGGCGCUGAGCUUCAGCGUGCAGUGGCGGGUCCCGGCUUCAAUGCCCCUUCAGACUGUUGAUCCAAUAGCUUUAACGUGCUGGUCCUCUGGGAACCUCGCUCAGACCAGCUCCCUAAGGGAGGGUGGCAGCGCCCCUAGCACUGGUGCACGCCCAUCUGCACAUGUGGUUCCCACGUGUGCUUGGCCACAGCCACGCAUGCGCUCACACAAGGUGUGGCCCCCUGAUUUGUCAGAAGCUUGGGCCACCCCAGAGUCGCAGGGCAUCGCCGUGAAAUACGCCUUGCUGUCUCUGAUGUCACCUGAGUGGCAACUGUAGUCUGGGCAGGUGGCCAGAGGGAGGUGGUGUGGGUGGUCUGUGGGGUGGGUGAGGAACAUCACGUCCUUCUCUAAGCGGGCAGGAUCCAGGCCACUGCUGUUAAGUGGUCUGAUGCUCCUGAACUUCAAAAACAUUCACUUUCUACAACUCCAAGUAAUUAAGCUAAACAAAGUGGGUUAAAAGCUUUGGUUUCUGGUAAAAGGUUAGUGCGUGUGGUUUUUUUAAGAAGCCAUUUUGCUAAAUUAUUUUUACUUGGAAUGUUUGAAACAUUUAAGGCUGCAAACUUGUUAAAUUUUAUAAUCGUUUGCUUCUCAAAGUGAAGCUCAGAAAUACUUAAAACAUAGCUGUAACGUUUGCAUUAGGAAAGAUGGUGUUUAUUCCAGUUUGCAUUUUUAUGGUGAAAUAAAAAUCCUUUUCCAAUGAACUAAAA